GCCAGGCCACCUCGUCCCGGUCUUUUCUUUGUGCUGUAUAAAGCCGCACUGCACGGCGCCGCCAAGCAGAAGCCGAUUUCGUGCCGAACGUUCCGCAGCGUGUGGCGCUCCAAGACUCCCAGCAUCCCGACCAGAGGCGGCAACAUGACCAGGACCACGGUCGUGCUGCUGUGCGCGGCGCUGGCCGCGGCGUCCGCCAAGCCGUACGGCAUCAAGGGCACGCAGGGCAACGACCAGUACCUGGACCAGCGCACCGAGGACGGCCUGGGCCCCCUGCCCCAGACGCUGCCCCACAAGGGCGGCCGCGAGCCCUACGUCGACAGCCCCUCCGCCUACAGAGGCCCCGACGCCUACAGGAACCCCGACGCGUACCGAGGCCCCGACGCGUACGACAGGCCCAGCGGUGGUUCGUACCGCCCCUCUGGGCCCCGCGACGGUGGCUACGGAGACCGGCCUCAGGGUGGAUCUUACGGUCCGCGCGACUCCGGCUACGGCGCACCUCAGGGUGGGUCCUACGGCCCUCGUGACAGUGGCUACGGUGCACCUCAGGGUGGUUCUUACGGGCCUCGCGACUCUGGCUACGGUGGACCUCGCGACUCUGGCUACGGCGGACCUCGCGACAGCGGCUACGGAGCACCUCAGGGUGGUUCUUACGGUCCUCGCGACAGCGGUUACGGAGCACCUCAGGGUGGUUCGUACGGUCCUCGCGACUCCGGCUACGGUGCGCCGCAGGGUGGAUCCUACGGUCCUCGCGACAGCGGCUACGGACCUGGCCCGAGCAGCCAGCACGGCCCCAUUGACCGCAGUGAUACAGGCUACGGCGACCACGGCCCCGAGCACGGCGGGCUCAAGGGCGGCCGCCCCAGUGGUGCGUACGGGCCAUCCAGUGGCCUGCAGUCAGGACCCGAAGAAGUCAGCUACGGCGAAGGCCUCAAGGGUGGCCGCCCCCAGUCAGGAAGUCUGCACGGCAACCCCGAGGGAAGCUACGGUGACCACGCGCCAGAGACCGGCGGCCUGAAGGGAGGCCGUCCCCAGGGCGGUGCCUACGGGCCCCAGGGUGGUGCCUACGCCCCCCGUGGGGGCUCCUACGGCCCGCAGCCCAGCAGCCCCUACUCCGGACCCCAGGGUGGAUACGACCGCGGCGUCGAGGUUGGUGGACUCAAGGGUGGCCGCCCCCAGGGCAGCGGACAGUACGGGCCGUCCAGCGGCCUGCAGUCGGGGCCCGAAGGCAGCUACGGCGGACUCAAGGGCGGACGGCCCGGCGGGUACGGGCCAUCCGGGAGCCUCCAGUCUGGACCCGAAGCACCCGAAGGGCUGAAGGGUGGCCCCAAGUCUGGCAGCCUCCACGGCAACCCCGAGAGCAGCUACGGCGAGCACGCCCCCGAGGCCGGCGGUCUCAAGGGAGCCCGUCCGCAGGGCGCGUACGGGCCGGAGUCAUCCAGCCUGGUGUCCAACCCCGAAGCCGACCACGGCAUGGAGCACGGCGGGCUCAAGGGCGGUCGUCCCCAGGGCGGCGCCGGCGCGUACAGCGGCGCCCCCCAGCCGUCCGCGCACGAGCACGCCGGCGAGAGCGAGAUCGAGCACCUGAAGGGCGUGGGCGGCCCCGCGGCCCCCGCAGGCGGGCGCUACUCCGGCGCCGCGGCCCCGUCCAGCACCGAGGGCUCCAUGACCACCACCCCCGAGAAGCCCGCCGCCGAGCUGUCCUACGGCAGCGACGGCAUCUCCCUCAACAUCAAGGGCAACAGUCAGAGAGGAGCCGGCGCCUACGGUCCCAGCCGGGGCUCCUACUGAGCGAGGCGCGAGGCCAUUAGCUUCAAGCUAUUCUGAGUGAGAAUCUGUUCACGGACCGUGUCUGAGUCCCUCGGGAGUGAAGCGUGACGUGUUUGUGAGAACGGUGCUCAUCCAGUAUUAGGUUGGCGUCUGUGAUACCUUGAUCAAUUCGUAUAUCAUUUUGCACCGUCCAUUGGAGUGGAAAGUCUCAUUAUUUGUGCCAUCCAUGUGUCAUUAUCUCAUAAUUUAUCAUAAAUAGUUUUUAAUAAAUAAUUUUCUUAAUAAAUCAGCGUGUUUGAUUCUGCCAUAAA